AUGGCUAGGACCCGUGGAGUAUUAUCUCUGGUGACGAAGUCGAGUUCGGCAUCCUCUUCCAGGCCUAGAGCUACUAGGCAAGAAAAAGGGAAAGGUAAAGCCACAUCAAGCGGCAAUGAGGAGGAGUCCGAAGCUAGGAAGAAGAAAAAAAAGAUCAUUUAUGAGUCUACGAUUGCGGCAAGGGGAGUAAUUUAUGAGAGGAUGGAGAUAGGGAGUAGUGAAGAUGAGGAGGAGGCCGAGUCUAGAUCAGACGAUGAGAAGGAGGAGUCUGCUUCCGAGUAG